AUGGACAGCGCGAGAGGUGUUUUCAUGCGCGGAUGUCGGUUCUGCACGGCGGACGAAUUGGUAUGGAUGGAGUACGCUCGAGCCGAGAUGAAGUGGCUGGUACAGCUGAAAGACCAGAGGGAAACUACGGCACUUCCAUCUGCAGCGGAAGCGGUGACUGGAGGUGGCCAAAAAUACCGAGGUGAAGUAGUCGGAGAUGGUAACAUCAUGUUUAGCGACGACGCAGACGAGGAUGACCGCAAUGAAGAAGACGGUGACGACUUUGGACAGUUGCUGUCCCUGCCGAAACCGCUCAGGAAUAUGGACAAAAACAAGAUACAUGGCUUUGACCAAGAAGCUGUACAAAGGCUGGAUAAAAGUCCAUCGGUGGACGGCGCCAUCCCGCUGGCGAUUUUUGAUAUUGCUGCGAAGCAGUCAUUUUUCAGCGCAGAAGCCGCAGAAGCCUUUUUCGACAUGUUCGCCUCUUUCAGGGACGUGUCAGUGGUGGAUCAGAUCGUCGAGCACGUCCUGUCUACAACGAUCGACAUGUUCCCUAAUGCCAGUUCUACAUGGAGCUGUCAAGUCAAGCGACCACUGCUAAACCUGAGCCCUGAUGAUAGCACGUUCCCGAAAGCACUUCGCAUGUCUCUCACCAAGAUGCAUCAAGGCGUGGUCAAAACAACAGAAAAGAUGCAGUUUGUGGCCAAAUGCAUGGCCUGGAUUGAUAACAUUUUGACUCUGAGCCUUGACAGCGGUAUACGGAUAGUUUUGGAGGAUUCGCGUAGGAAGCUGGAGAAAGCAUAA